AUGGUUUAUCACAAGGAAGCUGACUUCAAAAAUCAGUCAGGGCUGAAGGCUGAUGACAAAGGAACAUCAUCCUACACUGCUCAGAAACAGACAGUUACUGGCAACAUUGCUGUGAAUGAGUUACCUGCACAUUUGAUUACAGCUUAUGGUGGCACCAGAGGGGAGGUCAAGAGGAGGUCUCUGCUGGCACUGGAGGAUGAGAACGAGCAGGGAAGAGUUAAGAUCGUCGAUGGUCUAAGAACAGCUCUGAGGACACAGCCAAUGAGGUUCGUGACACGAUUCAUUGACUUGGACGGCCUGUCGUGUAUCCUGAAUUUCCUCAAGUCAAUGGACUAUGAGACCACAGAGUCUCACAUCCACACCUCACUGAUUGGCUGCAUCAAAGCUCUGAUGAACAAUUCACAGGGUCGAGCUCAUGUCCUGGGUCACUGCGAGAGUAUUAAUAUCAUCGCACAAAGUCUGGCCACUGAAAACAUCAAGACCAAGGUUGCAGUGUUAGAGAUCCUUGGUGCGGUGUGUCUGGUGCCAGGAGGCCAUAAGAAAGUGCUAGAAGCUAUGUUGCACUACCAGAAAUUUGCCUCAGAGAGAACACGAUUUCAGAGCCUGCUGACAGACUUGGAUAGAUCCACUGGCCGCUACAGAGAUGAAGUUAAUCUGAAGACUGCCGUCAUGUCCUUCAUUAAUGCUGUGCUCAGUCAGGGAACAGGAGAGACCAGUCUGGAGUUCCGUAUCCAUUUGCGCUACGAGUUUCUGAUGCUGGGCAUCCAGCCAAUCAUUGACAAACUACGUUCCCAUGAAAACGCCACCUUGGACAGACAUCUGGACUUUUUUGAGAUGUUGAGGAAUGAAGAUGAGCUGGUGAUUUCCAAACGCUUCGAUGCUGUCCAUAUAGAAACUAAAAGUGCAAGCCAGAUGUUUGAGCUGAUCAAGAAGAAUCUGAACCACACUGAAGCUUACCCUCACCUCCUGUCAGCACUGCAGCACUGUCUCAUGAUUCCACAUAAGCAGAACAACACCACACUUCAGUACUGGGUGCUGUUGGACCGGAUAGUUCAGCAGCUGGUUCUGCAGACGGACAAAGGUGAAAACCCUGACGUUGCUCCGCUGGAGGACUUCAAUGUUAAAAAUAUUAUCCGCAUGCUCAUCAAGGAGGGUGAGGUCAAACAAUGGAAAGAACAAGCUGAUAAAAUGAGAAAAGACCAGCAGAACUUACAGCAGCGUUUUGAGAAGAAGGAGAGGGAGUGUGAGGCAAAGAGCAAGGAGAAAGAAGAUAUGAUGGCGAUGCUGAACAAGAUGAAGGACAAACUGGAGCGAGAGAGCAACGACCACAAGCAAGCGAAGCUACAAGUGGCAGGUCUCUCUGAUCGUCUGCAGCAGCUCAGCUCUAACUCCAGCAUUCCAGGAGGACCUCCUGUGACUUCUGGUGGUUUAGUCCCUGCUGGUGUUGCCUCGUCCAUCCCCUCUCCUCCUCCUCCUCCUCCACCUCCUCCUCCAGGUGGCCCACCAUCUUUUGGCAUGGUCCCAUUUGCCCCUCCUCCUCCUCCUCCUCCUCCUCUAGGAGCUUCACUAAACACUGCCCCAAAGAAGAAUAUUCCCCAGCCAUCCAACCCGAUGAAGUCAUUCAACUGGAGCAAACUGCCUAAGACUGAAGGAACCAUAUGGAAAGAAAUCGAUGACAUGAAGGUGUUCAAAGAACUGGAUCUAGAAGAGUUCCAGAGGACGUUCUCAGCUUACCAAAGACCACAGAAAGAUGUUGAGGAUGAUCGCACGAUUGUAAAGAAAGUCAAAGAGCUGUCAGUGAUUGACGGUCGCCGCGCACAGAACUGUAUCAUUCUGCUCUCAAGGUUGAAGUUGACCAAUGAGGAGAUGCGUCAGGCCAUCCUGACCAUGGAUGAACAGGAGGAUUUACCUAAAGACAUGCUGGAGCAGCUUCUGAAGUUUGUUCCUGAGAAGAGUGACAUCGAGCUGUUAGAAGAACACAAGCACGAGCUGGACCGUAUGGCCAAAGCAGAUCGCUUCCUGUAUGACAUGAGCAGAAUCAGCCACUACCAACAGAGACUGCAGUCUCUGUACUUCAAGAAGAAGUUUGCUGAAAGAGUGUCUGAGGUCAAGCCUAAAAUCAAAGCUCUGUGCCUGGCGUCCAGAGAGGUGGUACAGAGUGGGAGGCUGCAUCAGCUCCUCGAGGUGGUUCUGGCCUUUGGGAACUACAUGAACAAAGGACAGCGAGGAAAUGCAUACGGAUUUAAAGUCUCCAGUCUCAACAAGAUAGCUGACACCAAGUCAAGCAUAGACAAAAACAUCACUCUGCUCCACUACAUGAUCACUGUACUGGAGAAGAAGUACCCGAAGGUGGUGACCUUCAGUGACGAGCUACCAAAUGUGCCAGAAGCUGCUAAAGUCAGUAUGACAGAGUUGGAGAAGGACAUUGGCAAUCUGAGAUCUGGCCUAAAGAGCGUAGAGGCGGAGCUGCAGUACCAGCAGGCUCAGUCCUCUCACUCUCCUGCUGAUAAGUUUGUCCCUGUGGUCAGUCAGUUCAUCACUGUGGCCUCCUUCAGCUUCUCUGAGGUAGAGGAGUCGCUCACCGAGGCCAAAGAAUUGUUUGGAAAGGCACUAAGACACUUUGGAGAGGACACGUCCAAACUGCAACCGGAUGAGUUCUUUGGGAUCUUCGACACUUUCCUCGAAGCGUUCUCCGAGGCCAAACAGGACAACCUAAACAUGGCCAGAGUCAAGGAGGAGGAGGAGAGAAGGGCACUCAUGGAGGCACAGCUGAAGAGAGAGAGAGAGCAGAAGGCGAGGAAAACCAAAGCCAAUGAAGAGGAAGGCGAGUUUGAUGACUUGGUGUCGGCUCUGCGCUCUGGGGAGGUGUUUGAUAAGGAUCUGUCCAAAAUGCACCGCAGAAAGCAGCGAAAACUCAACACGUUUGAAGGCAGCCGAGAGAGACCAGCAUCAAAAUUGAAGUAGUACCAGGAAACUACACGAACAGCAGCAGCUCACUGGGACUGUCACAGUGGGGAUGUCUCAGCAACACUGUGGUUGGACAGGAAGUCAAUUAUCUUAGAUCCACAUUCAUGGUUCAAGAUUGUGCAGAUACAUAAAUACUUUACGUAUACAGUAAGCAGAAACAAGCAUUGCAAGCAUUUUUGUACUUCAGCCCUUUAUUGUUACCAUGCUUUAUGGAGAGCUGAGGCUAAAAGGUCUAUUGGUUGCUAAUAAUAUUUAAUGCUAGACUUACACAAAUGUGUUUUGUGGGUGUGCCGUGUGCUCAAUGCUGAUGUUGACCCACAACAUAGCUGGCUUUGUGCCAUCGUCCCAUCAGCGGAAACAACCAGAUGAGCGCACACCAGGUUCAGCAGCUGCAUCUACCUCCUCUUUCCACACUCAUUUUGACAAGCAGUAAAUGUAUUUGCAUUAAUGUAAUUUUAUUGGCGAGCACCUAUGAGUAUUUAUUUAAAUAUGAUUUUACUGACCCUCUGUUAAGUGGAGCUCUGCAAAAAUUAAUCAGUGGGAGUGAAAAUGUCAAAAGACACCCUAUCUUGCAAGGCUAAAAAAAAGUGAUAGAAAAUGUCUGGAUCAGCCUAAUCUGAAUUCACACCAAACUUAAAUAGUCUCUAACUCACACCGCAUUCUUCCACCAAGUUUCGUGGUCAUCCGUCCUGCAGUUCUGGCUUGAUUUAUAAAAAACAAACCAAUGGACAAACAGACAGGGGUGAAAACAAAACCUUUUUGGCGAAGGUAAAAUGUGCGUCAUUCGUCCUUUAGAUGAAGGUGGACCGCUGAGUUGUACUUAGAAGUCCACUGGGUCCUUAUUCAGUGGACGACUGAGGAAUAGAUCACUCAGGAUUUUUUUUUUUAAAUUGGAUAAUUUUGUAACUGUCUAUAUUACUAUGUUUUCGUCCUUUAUAAAGUGUUAAUAUAUACAACUGCGUUUAUUCAGCACUGGUAUUUAAUAAUUUCAUCAAACAAUGUUCUGUAAAUAUAUAGACAAUAUUAUCCUGAAAAAGUUAUAUUCAUUAGGUCACUGCAUUAUUUGAACAACAUAUAGAAAGAUAUUUAACAGAGAACAUCUUCAUUAUCAGCUAAUGUGGGCUUCUAUUGUAAUAUAAGUGUAAAGUGAUGAAGAAGUGUGUCAGUUUCAAACUCUCGUAAAGGGUCCAGCAUGUGAUAUUUAGAGCAUCUAUCAGUAGAAAUGGAAAAUAACAAUCACGAUCAUGUUUUCAUUAGUGUAUUAUGACCUGAAACUAGUAUCGUUGUGUUUUCUAUAGCUUAGAAUGAGCUGUUUCUAUCCAUUGGACAAACUCAACACUAAACCUUUGAGUUAUUAAAGUGUCAGAUGUACCGAUGGUGUUCCACUUACCAGUGUUUUGGAUCUUUAUUUAUCUGUUUCUGUGUAGAGAAUGUGGCCUUGAAAGAUUGUCUGUUUUCGGUUGAAACUGAUGGUUAACAUGUUCAGCAGUCUGGGACCAUGUGGCAUCUCUAUUCCAACCUCUCAGAGGAUGGAGAGGCUUGUUUCUCAGGAGUGAACACAAAGUUGACGUUUUCAUGGUUUUUCAGCCCACGACCUUGACA